AAUAAAUGAAAUACUUCCUCCGAACGUUGUUCCGUUUAGUCAACUGGUGUCAGACUUUCAUUUAAAGUGCGUUUUAUUACUUGAAAUUAUUUUAAAAUCAGUUGAUUGAAAUUUUUAAAGCAAGAGUAGAACAAGCGGAGCUCAGCUAAUGUUCCCACAGGGCGGGGGGCCUUGUAUUACCGAACAUUAGCAUUAUCCGUCAGCCGCGCUCAACCUGGCUCAUUCCGCCUCGAGGUCUACUUACCAGCGGGAACAUUAGCGUCUGUUAGCGGCAAGAUGAGCCCCACCGUGGCCCUGCACACUCGGCUGGCCACCGUCAUGGAGUCUCUGGUCUACGCCGCGGUGGCGGAGCUGAAGAAGCUGGUGGAGCACAGCUCGGCCUCCCUGCUCGGCUUGGAGGCCCGGACCGGCAGCUUUGGGAGUACGGAUGUGGAGGAGCAGCCUCUGGCGACCAGAGCUCAGGCCGAGAGCUGCGAGAAGAUGGUGCUGUUUGCCUCCAUCAUGGAAACUCUGGGAAACGAGGCUCUGGGGAAGAUCAUGAACAUCGUGGAUGAAGCCAAGCUACAGGUGGAGCUGGAGUCAGGGAGGGGCGGUAAGAGACCUCAGACCAGCGUCCUCAACAUCCUCAACAACGCUCGUGUAGAGCUUGAACACUCAUAUGGAGUUCGAAUUACGAAUUCCGACGUGGACAUGUCCACUCAGACCAAAACGGACAACGGCGAUGACCCUCCUUUUGUUUUGGCGGUUACAGUUAAAGAUGAACAUGGGAACAUCAACCUGGGAGCCAUUGCUGAGAGAGCUCAAGUUGAAGCAGACCAGCCGGUGCCUCCUGAGCAGCAGCCACAGAAAGUUUCCAGCACACCUGAGUUCAUCCUGCAGAGUGUCACCUGGAAGUAUUUCAUGUGCACAGUGUGCAGUAAAUCCUUCACAUCUCAAAGCCACCUGAAGUCUCACUACAGUAUCCACACAGGAGAGAAGCCGUUCUCCUGCAGCAUCUGCGGCCGAACUUUCCGUCAGAGGCAGACCAUGCAGAGCCACAUGCGCGCACACACCGGCGAGCGGCCCCAUGAGUGUUUGCAGUGCGGGAAGUGUUUCUCAAAGCUGACGCAGCUGAAGACACACUCAGUCAUCCACACUGGGGAGAAACCAUAUGCCUGCAAGGUGUGCGGCCGCCUCUUCAAUGUGCGGCAGAAUCUGUACCGCCACACACACACCCACACCGGCAAGAAACUGUUCAUCUGCACUGUGUGUGGAAAGGGCUUCACCCGUGCAGUCACGCUCAGAACUCACAAACUCAUUCACACCGGCCAGAGACCCUUCAAGUGUGAGCAGUGCCCCAAGACCUUCCGCUACUCCAUCAACCUCAGGAACCACCGGAGGAUCCACAGUGACGUGCGACCUUACAGCUGUGACCUCUGUGGGAAGAGCUUCCGCCAGUCUGUGAACCUGAAGAUCCACAGCAGAAUCCACACUGGCGAGCGGCCAUUCAGUUGCCAGGAGUGCAGCAAGACAUUCAGCCAGCUGAGCAGCCUGAUCUCACAUGGCCGCACGCACUCCACCGAGAAGCCAUUUGCCUGCAGCACCUGCGACAAGAAGUUCAACAACGCCAACAGCUUGAAGCUGCACAUGCGCAUCCACACUGGGGAGAAGCCGUACGGCUGUGAGGUGUGUGGCAGGACCUUCAGCCAGGGCAGUCACCUGAGGACACACAAGAGGCAUGUGCACUCCGGUGGCAAGCAGUACAUCUGUGACAAGUGUGGGAAAAGAUAUUCCGACCAACGCAACCUGAAGCUGCACAAGUGUAGCUACGCUUAAGAACAACAAGAAAGCCAGGAAGCUUUUUGUCUUCUAGCCAGGUCUGCUUUGACAGAACAUUUAUAAUGAAGCAACCAGUUUCCUCAGUGGAGUUUGGUAUAUGCAGCCAACAUGAAACACUUUUGUUCAAAGUUAAUUUCUUUUUUCAUAUUGCUUACAGGUGUGGUAGGUGUUCAAUGGAAGUGAACUGGUCUUUGAUUCAGAUUAUAUUUCAGAUAAACCUUUGAUUACACUGUUCCCCCUAUAAUACUACAGGUAGGACAGACCACCAUGCCAAUGAGACCCCGCCAUGCCUACACGGCAGGCCAAAUUUAAAAAAAACAUAAUGCUGUCCAAUAUACAUUUAUUCAGAAAUUAUUUUUGUUUGGGAGUGUCUGUCAGGUGCCUCUCUCUGUGUCUCCUCCCUGCUUCAAUCUGUUUGCUUCUUACUGCUCUGGUAAGAAAAACAAACAAACCCAGGUAUACAUCAGAAUCAAUCAGCUUUAUUGGCCAGGUGCAACAGACACACGAG